AUGUUAUGUUGCUGUCUUUGCUUGUUGGAAUUUUUCUGCCGGAUGAGGGGAGCUCCCGGCGUGACGCAUACAAUGGAAAGUUCAUUGACCCCUCCAAAGAUGAUCCUUACCGCCUACCUAGACUGGAUGAGCCCCAGUGCCCCCCCCGAAGAAUCCCACGACGUUGGUGGCAGUGGCGCUUAUCCAUCGCGCCUGCCCAAUGGACCACCGCACCCCAAUGUGGAAAGCGCAAGGCACACCAGUGCUUUGAGACUCUGUUUCUCUACUUCUCUGCUUCUCUUAGGUUGUCUCCCUCUCGAUUUCUUUCAAGGUUGGAACUUUCUCUCGUCCGUUGCCCAAACGAGGCAGUUAACAGUGACUCACCUCCUGUACUGCGUUUGCUGCGGUCUGUACCUACUCGACCUAAGGUACCUCAGUGUUUACUUUUUUGCCAAUCUCAAGGUUGCCGAACGGUCAAGUGAGAUCAUCUUCACACAACUUGUCUCUUCUCCUUUUUCAACAGAGAAAGGGACAGCACAAGCGUCGUUCUUUGUCGUCCUUUCCAUGUUCAUUGCCCGAAGGGCACUUUUCUUCGCUUCUAGACAAUCCCCCCUCACUUUCAACAAACCCUUUACCACAACAAUGGCGACAGCAAACGCGAUGAAUGCCGAGGCAGUCAUGCCCAAGGUCCCCUAUGUUGCCCAGGACGCCGGAAAGGUCUCAGAGAUGGUUCACGCCCUAAACGACGCAAAGGCCUACAACAAGUUUGCAAAGUCAAAGGGCGGUGGCUUCUCCUGCAAGAAGACGUCUUUCGACGUCAAGAACUCCCAGGAUGGUGUCACUGUCGACUCCUGGAAAAUGCAGGAAUGGGACUACAAGAAGAGAGGCCUGCCCACCUACGCCAGAGGUCUCUUCACAGCAAGAAACCGCCGAAACGAGCAUGAGAUUGUGACGCGAGGCUACGACAAGUUCUUCAACGUCGGCGAGGUCAAUGAGACAAAGUGGGAAAACAUCAUCCCGAGAACAAAGGGCCCCUACGAGCUCACCCUCAAGGAGAACGGCUGCAUCAUCUUCAUUUCCGGCUUGGAGGAUGGUACGCUGCUGGUAUGCAGCAAGCACUCUACAGGUGAUAGGGCCGACGCCGAGCUUAGCCAUGCUACUGCCGGAGAGCGCAUGAUUGAGAAGCAGCUCGCUGCCCUGGGAAAGACAAAAGAGGACUUGGCCAGGGAGCUCCGGGACCGGAAUUCCACUGCUGUGGCCGAACUCUGCGACGACUCCUUUGAGGAGCACAUCCUCGAGUACGGUCCGGACAAAGCCGGCCUCUACAUCCACGGCAUCAACUUGAAUCUCCCCGAGUUUGCCACCUACCCCAGCGCCCUCGUUCAGAGUUUCGGCAACGACUGGGGCUUCAAGAAUGUCGGCUUGAUCGUCAUGGACGAUGUCAACGAGGUCAAGAAGUUUCUCGAGGAGGUGGCAGAGACGGGCGCCUACGGCGACCGCGACGUUGAGGGAUUCGUAAUCCGCUGCAAGGAGAGUUACAACCCGGAGUCUGUUCCCUACCGCGACUGGUUCUUCAAGUACAAGUUUGAGGAGCCCUAUCUGAUGUACCGCCAAUGGCGCGAGUGCACAAAAGCAAUGAUCUCCGGAAAGCCGCCCCGCUACAAGAAGCACAUCAAGAUCACCGAGGAGUACCUCCUUUACGCCCGCCGGCGCCUUCAGGCCGACCCCAAGCUCGCCCAGCUCUACCAGCAAAACCACGGUAUCAUCGCUCUCCGCAACGACUUCCUCGCCUACAAGAACAUGAAGGGCUCCGACGCCGCUAAUCUCGAGCUUGAGGAUGGGCCCAACAACGUCAACGCAGAUGUCACCGGAGACGUGAUCCUGUGCCCCAUUGCCACCAUCGGCUGCGGCAAGACUACUAUCGCCGUCGCCCUACAGCAGCUAUUCAACUGGGGCCACGUGCAGAACGACAAUAUCUCAGGCAAGGGCCGGCCGCCUCGCUUCACAAAGGCCAUUCUCGACCUCCUCAAAGAUCAUCCCGUCGUUAUCGGCGACCGCAACAAUGCCCAGAAGCAUGAGCGCAAGCAGAUCAUCACCGAUGUAAAGGUCCAGCACCAGACGGCCCGCCUUGUGGCUCUCUACUUCGCCCACGACAACUCCAACGUCGACGAGGUCCGGCGUAUCACCCAGGAGCGUGUUAUUGCCCGCGGCGAUAACCACCAGACCAUCCACGCCGCCACCGACGCGUCAAAAUUCCUCGGCGUCAUGGAAGGCUUCAUCAGCCGCUUCGAGCCGCUGACCGCCUUCUCUCCACCCGACGAUGGCUUCGACAACGUCAUCAACCUCGACCCCACCGCCGGCAGCCGCGAGAACCUCGAGAAGGUCAUCACCGAGCUACACCGCAUGUACCCUAACCUCGUCUCCGAGGUCCCCUCCGCCGAGCAGCUCGACAAAGCCAUCCAGUCCGCCUUUAUUGAGUACAAGCCCGAGUUCAAGCACAACAUUCCGGACCGCGGUCCCCGCAAGGACAAGCAGGGCCAGCAGCAGCAGGCGGGUCCCAAGCCGAAGAAGAAGAAGCCUCUUGAGUACAUGUCCGUCGAGGUGCAGUCCCAGGAAGUCCGCGGCGUCCUCGACGGCGCCUUCAACAAGGUUGACGCCUCCACCUCCCGCUUCUACAAGCAGCUUCACCAGACCCGCCGCGUCCAGCCCAAAUUUCACGUCACGCUCAUGCACCGCGCCAGUUCAAAGGACAACGCGGAGCUGUGGUCAAAGUACCUCGCCCUAUUCGCCGAGGCGGAAAAGGAAAAUGGUACCCAGGACCAGGCCAACAUCCGCCCCUUGGGCGAGUGCUCCGUCGAGCUCGAGCGGGUGGUCUUUGACGACCGCGUCAUGGCCAUGGUUGUCCGGCUAGUCGACCCGACAGGCCAGUGGAAGUGCACAAACAACGUCGCCCACAUCACCGUCGGCACCCGCGACGACGCCGUCAAGCCAAAGGAGAGCAACGACCUCCUCGCCCGCUGGCUGGACAAGGGCACCGGCGGCGAGACGGGGAUCCAGGAAGUCGUCUUUGAUAACAAGCCCAACCUGGAGGGAGUCGUCCGGGGCGUUCUCUCAAGGUAA